GUGGUGGGGGUGCGGUGGGGAAACUUCCCCCAGAACCGUGUUCUCACUCUCAGCCCGGCCUGGACCCACCCUCAGCCCCGCGACACAUUAAGUGGAGCGUCGUGCCCGGCAAGGGCUCGCAACUCACCUCUCUCUCCGACUUACCGCCCCUGGCGAAGUGUUUCGAGAACAAGUUGCCCCCCUUUCUCUCCUCGUCCUCCUCUGCCGGGAAAGGCGUUGGCGACACUGCCCGCGACUGUUGCGUCGCUCUCGACUCGGUUCGAUCGUGGGAGAUGGAUUGUGGCGAGGAUGCGACAGCAAAACCGACGGAGAAGGAAGAACACGACGCCGCUGAGCAGCUGCCCAGAUGUACGAUGCCUCCUAUCGGACAUGGCCUGAAGGUCCACAGCAAAGACACGCCCUCGGAGAGACUCAAAAUCGACGACGGUGGAUCGGACGCUGUUCCGUCGGAGGCGAAUGUAGACGGAGCCACAGCGACGCGCCCAUCUUUCAGCCCGAUGUUAAGCCCUCUUCAAACCUGUCCGUCUUCCAAGCCGUGGCCGGAGAUGAACGAAGCGGCGGCGGCGGCGGGGAGGAAGUCGGUGCCCCGCGGGGGUAGAAGGGCGUGUGGGGAGCUGAUCUAUGACACGAUCGCCAUCUCUCGCACGGCGCAGAACAUCCCAGCACACUUCGCGGCCGGCGCUGGAUCCGUCUCGGCGGAACACCGACACGCCUACUUCUUACCCAGCCUGGUCGUGGCGCCCCCUGGCGGCGACGACGACGUGAGGUACUCCCGGAGCAACGCCUGCUCCGACACGGAGUCCUACACGCGGUGCGGCGAGCACUCUACCCCGGCCACCACCUUACACCGAGCCUACUCCAGUAACGAGUCUCUGCUGUCGCUCAGCCAUACAGCCUCCACCGGCGCCAACAAGGGCUCCCGGAGGGGAAAGGUCGUGGGGGUUGCGGGGUCAGGGGGGGUCAGAGGUGACGGGUCGUCGUUCCGGAGGUCCUUCCAGAGCCUGAAGCGACGUCAUGAGAUGUCCAGUGAGGACCCUUGGCUGCCCGGACUGACCACUCUCUACGCCCUGCCCGUCAAGAAGAUGAGGAUGAGCUCACAGGCUUCUGACGCCGACCUCAAGCCCCGCCCCCCGUCUCCGUCCAUGUGUGUUCCCGGUCAGGGAAGGGUCAGUCUCCGCGCCAUGUCCAGCUGGAGCAACGAGCGGCAGAAGAUGACCUUGGCCGGCGCCGUCAGGUCAGGGGUCAAGGACAUUCUGAAGGACGUUCUGGAACGGCCCGAGUCCGGGGCGUCUCUGGAUGAGGGGGAGUGUGAGGAAGAGACCAAGACGUACCGCCGUGAGCUGACCCGACUUCUGCGCGAGUUUCCCGCCCCUGGCCGCCCUGUGCCAGGCCUCACUGACAGCUCUGUGCCAGGCCUGACUGACCAGCUCACCGACCAGCUGACUGACCAGCUGACCCCGAUGUUCCUGGAGAUGGACGUGUCAGAGAUAAUCAGCCUGCUCUCCUCCGCCGACUACUUCCUCUUUAUGGUGCUGGAGGGUGUGAAGCAGUUACGUCACUUCCUGGAGUCUGACGCAUGCCAAGAGUUACCGCCCAUCCCCCAGUCGGCAGACGGCAGCGAGGGCAAUGGCGCGCCGGAAGUGGAUAGUCCUAGCCAAGACCAGACGUAGAGGAGACCGGAUGUGUCGUCAUCAGGCGCAGAGUGCUGCUAGUUUUUAAUCCUUAAUGGUUGGCGGGUGCUCUGGUGUGGUUUGCUCCUUCUUUUCUAUAAAUCAUCUAUCGUCCUCAUCUCUCCUCCUUUCCUUUUUGUAUGUAACUACCUAAUAUCUAGCAACACCUAACCUCUAAUCUUGGGCACUUAUUUGACCUAUUUGUAUUGUAAGCACUAUAAAACUUUUACUGAACUCUUAAUAAGACUAUGAAACGUGGGGAACAAAGUAAAGUGUCUGCAGAAACAACAUUGCCUCUUUAGAGUACCUAGGAUUAUACCCGAACUAGAAAUGCUCGUGACCUUCAGCUAAAGAAAGCACAGGAGCGGAAUAAAAUGAAUUAUUAUUAAAUAUUAAUUAUCCUAUUCAGAGAUAUUAUUCGUAUAAUAUAACGGUGGGCUAAAUAUCAAAUACAGGGUAGAACGAUAUAAAUACCAUUACGAUAAAUACAGUAAAUGUAUUUGAUCUAAUUGGCACAAAAACAUGGCACCGUAUUUUAUCUUGAGUUUGGUUUCGACCUCUCUUGAAAUUCGACGUAUUUCCACGCACUACAAUCUCAAUUGUUUUUUGUUUGUUAUUGUUCAAGGCAAUGGUUUAUUAAAUUAAUUUUUAGCCAGUAGUUAAAAUACAGGCAAUACUAAAACUAUUUUGUUAAUUAAUUCCACAAUCCAUGCGAGGAGUCCACUGAAAAAACGGGCCUCGUCACAAACUGGAAAUUGAGAGGGGUGUCAAUUUUAAAAGCU